CGUACAUAAUAGCAUUUCCCAUUAUAUGUCUCAAUGAAUAUAAUUGACUCACGAUGAAUGGUGAAAUCGACGGGCAGCCAUGGAGUCACCUGAAUGCCAAUUGGUAACAGACAAUCAAACUAGUGGCGUGGUUAGUGCUUGAAACAAAAUGGCUGAUGGCAUGUCGCUGGAUCCAUUGUGUCUGUCUCUUUGCUCGCUUAUCUUGGUGGCAACAUUGGGGCUGGUUAAGGCAAACUAUUCAUCUCAAGCGAUAUGCGAUUUACACGAUGGAGCUCUGCUGUUCGUAGGUACACUAGUCGACUUUCUGGUGCUAUUUAAAGUCUACGCGGAAUCUGGAAUCUUGGCUGAAUCGCGACGUUAACAUUGAAUCCUAAGGCAGGAAAGCGCAAGCAGUA